GACCCAUUCAAAAUGGCGGAGGUCAGAUGCGAGAGGGCAGCAGGGGGCCGCUGAAGUGUCGCCCAUGGCCUUAAUCCGAACGAGCCUGAGGGUGCCUUCCUUCCCCUGGGUCGUCCCGAGCGCGGCCGUUCGCUGGCGCUCCUCGGGCUCGGAAGCGGGCGGGGGCCGGCGCGACUCCCCCUCGGGCCUGUACGAGCUGCUGGGGGUGUCCCCGACGGCCACACAGGCCCAGAUCAAGACGGCCUACUACAAGCAGUCCUUCCUCUACCACCCGGACCGCAACGCCGGCAGCGAGGAGGCGGCCGAGCGCUUCACCCGCGUGGGCGAGGCGUACCUGGUGCUGGGCAGCGUGGCCCUGCGCAAAAAGUACGACCGCGGCAUCCUCAGCCGCCAGGACCUCCGUACGGCCGGGAAACCCUCGGGCAAGGAGGCCACCCCCGGCCCGCCACCACCCAAGAGGACCCAGACCUUCACGGCCAGCUCCUCCGCCCAGCCCGGCAAGCCCAUCUUCAACUUCGACAAGUUCUACCGGGAGCACUAUGGCGAGCAGCUGGAGCGAGAGCAGUACCUCCGGGAGAGGCGGCGGGAGUUGAAGAAGCGCAAGGAAGAGAAGAAGUGGUGGCAGCUGGAGAACUUUGGAGACGCCAUGAUUGUCCUUAUCUUCAUUUCUAGCAUAUUCCUCAUCUUUGACACCAAAUGAAGAAGAGAAAGUCUCUCGGACAGACUUUCAGAGGAACACACAAAUCCUAAAAAAGGGCAUCUUCUACUCAGAAGUGCCUGGUGGUGGCUGCUGUCACAGCGCAGAAAAGAUCUCUCUGAAGAGCCAGUGUGGCAUCCAAUCAAACCCUGUCCUGUGGGGAUCUUCCCUUGAUGCCUGGACUGUGGCAAUCGAUUAUGUAAAGGGCAACUAGCAUUUCAAAACUACUUUGACUGUUGCUGUGGCUCCCAAAUGUGAUGGAAAGCAAAUGGCCUGUUUUUUUAAAAAAAAAUCACUUUGCCUUGAAAGCUGAUGAUUGUUGGUUUGGAUUUGGUGGUGUCAGUCACCUAUUGUGUAUGGACCUUGAGUGGGUUUAAUUUCCCACAUCUAUUUGCACUUUGAGAAGGUAUUAGUUGUAUUUUAAGUGUCAAAAUGGAGCAUGGUACUUUGGUUACCAGGUGUCACCUCUGUAGCAUUCACUACUUCCUCAGGGGGAUGAGGCAGGGGGAACAAUUGUUUUUCCUUUUCCCCUUAAAAAGGUGGAUAUUGCUGGUUUGUCCAUGGUUCUGUUCUGUUGGUAGGAAUGCUCCUAUUUUUGGUCCUCAUAGCUGCUGAAGAGCGAUACUUAACAGCAUUGUGAGCAAGUCCCGGGCUUGUGUUAAUGCCUUUUUACAUCUCUGAGGAGAGGGAGAAUUCCCAUCUGCGCAGUUUGUGGUGACUUUUGGUGAUGAGACCAUGAAAAUGGCUCCUUCUUUAGAUUGCUUUGAUGGGGCAGACUACUUCAGACUUUGUCCUGACAGUUUGCAAUGUGAUGACAUGGGAUCCAUGUUUGGAUGUGUAGAUCACAAGAGAUGAGAUUCAAACCAAUGUAUUUGAAUUUUAUUUUAAUAUAUAACGAUAUCAAGAUUGAGCCGAAAACUGUGUGCUGCAUCCUUGCAGGUAUGUUAAAUUGGCUCCCUUAGUUAUGAGGGGGCUUCUGAUACUCAGGCUGUUGAAGGAAUAGGUUUACCCUUUCCUCUAUUCUAUCAAAGUUGAGGCCACUUUGCAAGGAUAAAAACAUACAGCAAAUACUCUUAGAGAGGUUAGGAUAGGCAGUGCACAAACAGCAAUGGAUGAAUAUGAACCAACAGAGUUAUGUAGAUUUAUAUAUAAUUUCAGUUGUAUGUGAAGGUAAGGAGAGGAAGAGCCGGAGCUCUCUGGAAAAUAUGGCUUUUGAGGAGAGAAUGGAAGAGAUGAAAGUGGCACCUUGAUUUCUCGCUUCAUGUUUUUCUUUUCACCAUUCAUUGCCCUGAUUUCCUAGAGAGCUGAUUACAGGGAGAAAGCAUGCAAUUAAAAACAACAACACCCCAAGCCCUGGUUCUAGCACAGCGAUUCAUAAAAUGUCAACAUUCCUCUUCGUUUUAAGGUUUUAAGGCUGUUGUUUCUGUGUUGUGCUGCAGGGGGAGUCUGUGCCACAUCUUUACAACUCUUCCUGCUUUUAACAUUUGAGAAGGACCCCAUGCCACAGCCUGGCCUUGUUGAAUAAGAUGGGGAAUGGCAUCUGCCAUGCUAGGGACAAAAAAAGGGGGGGGACCUAACUGGAUGCAGAGAGAAUGUGAUUCCCACUGGCUUUGUACCGUAGUUAGAGUGGGCAACUGAAAAGCUGGAAACGGGACGAUUAGAUGACAAAGCAUAACAGGAACCUGAAGAGAUCUGCUCACCACAUUUCCAGUUUUUAAUUACACUUCCUUUCAGCUUCCUCCAGACCCAGCUCACUAUCUAGGUAGUUCAACCUGGAUUCCUGCUGUCUCUUCCUUUUCAGCUGCGGAACUCCGAAUUCUUUUUGCUUCAUUUUCAUCCUGCUUUUUAGCCAAGUAUUGGUGCUCAAAUGAAUAAAAAUGCACUAUAGAUAAUUAAAAUUGAAUACAAAAUGCUCCUUGGGAAGGGGACUCUCAUCCAAGUUGGAUCCAGGCACAGUGCAUGUGCCUGGCUUCUUCCUGCACUCUUUCUGAUGGACUCAUCAGUGCCAGCUGUAAGCAGGGAGUUGUGUGUGUGUGAGUAGGUUUCAGCUGCAGCUGGGUCCAAGAGCAAUGGAGGGUGCCUAGCAGUUGUGAUCCUCUGCCUGAUGCACUUGUGGAGCUGCUUUUUCAGACAAAGACUUUUCUAAGAGCGAGUCUCUUUAGAUAUCUGUCCUUUUCCAUAUGGGGAUGGGGACAGGACACCCAUGAGGUAGAUGGGCCUGGCAGUCUUACCCAGGCUGCAAGUCGCUUUGCCUUAGAAGGUGGUGAUUCUCAGUUUGAGUUUUGUUGUUUCAAUUACCUAGUGUGUCUGGAAUGAGAUUUUGAGUGGGUUUGAUCCCUCACAUCCGAUUGUACUUUGAGAAACAACAACAACAACAACAACAACAUUUGAUUUAUAGAUCACCCUUCAGGACAACUUAACAUCCCACUCAGAGCGGUUUACAAAGUAAGUUAUUAUUAUCCUCUCAAUAAUCACCUUGUGAGGUGGGUGGGGCCGAGAGAGCUUCGGAGAGCUGUGACUGACCCAGGGUCACCCAGCUGGCUAGGAGUGGGGAAUCAAACCCAGUUCUCCAGAUUAGAGUCCCACCCAGGGCAUUAAUUGUAUUUUUAUGUACUCCAUUAACUGGACUGGGUGGUCGUGCCCUAUGCCAACAUGAAUUGCUCCACCAAAAUGCUGGGUCUACCACUUGCUUUCCUUUCCCUUAUCCUGUUUGCUUUGCCCACAGCUGCACUGCAGCAGGCUUAGCCUCUUGGAGAGUCAGCUCCACCAACACCAAACUUGGCUUACCCUAAACUCUAGGAGGAAGUGCAAAUGGAAUUUGUCCUCUGUUUGGCUCACACAGGGUUAAAUCUGCUUGUUUACACCUAACCAUGUCUGCCAGUACAGCAUACCUCUCAGUGCUGCCAGCUGUAUUAAAAGAAGUCCUGCAAAUUCUCCAUCUUGCUUUGCUAUCCGUGGUACCAAAGUAGAAAGGAAACAGAUACUUUCAGUUAGUCAGAGAGGUUCCAGCUCUUCAUAGUGCAAAAUUUUGAAUGUGAUACUUGAAAUUACUUAUUUAGGCCGUAAUCAAAAUGCUUGUAACCCGUUUUUAUCUCCUGUAAUGGGACUUCAAGCAGCUUAUAGGAGGUUAAAAACAAAUAUGUAAUUCAGUAAUUGGGGAAAAACACAUUCACCCAAGACAAAACCAUAAUAA